UUACAAUAGCAACAAGUCAAACAGUCAUUUAAAAAAAUUGAAAACAGUUUUACUUCCAUAUGGCCAGUAUGACAGUCCGACCAGUUUUCAAGGAACUUGCCAAAAUUCAGAAAGAUAUCAGCUUUCCUCCAAGCCUAAAUAAAACCGACUACAAGCAAUGUCGAGCUUAUACCCAAAAGUCCAACAGAUGCAAAAAGCCAUUAAGCAAGAAUAGCCAAAAAGAAGCAGCCCAAAUCCUGUCUGAUUUUCGACAUAUCACAGAGUACAGCGAGAUUCAGAGUGUCUAUGGCCAGAUGAGAAAAUUUAUCACUCUUACACAUUGCUAUGUUCACGGUCAGGGCGUACUUGACGCCUUCGACGAAUGGAAAACGCAACGGAUCGCAGAUGUUUCAAACUUUUCAUCAAAUAUAUCGCCAAUAUCUUCUAGUGAUUCUCUGGAUACUUGGACUGAAGCUAGCAUCGUGGAAUCUCCCGCGCCUUCUAGCCCCGUUCUUGGCACUCAAGAAUACAAUGAAUCAGGGUCAGAUCUGAGUAUCGAAGAGGAGAUGAAGAAUUUGUCUAUUGAAACUAAGGCACGAAAUGCCACCAGAAAUAUGAAUAAUGGCUAUUAUGUCAAAGCCGAAGAACUAGAAAUCGACUGGAAGAAACUUGGCGAUGUGGAACUCCCGGAUCAAGGUGCAGCAUAUGACGUUCCCAAAAUAUACAAGACAAUAGAGAAACCUCUUGGUCCCAGAAGCAUGUAUAGAGGAAUUCUAUACAUCUAUGGGCAUACCAGUAUACCUGGUAUAUUCAAGAUCGGGUUCUCAAGGCAGUCCGCGGAACAGAGGCACAAGCAGCCUGGUAACUGUUAUGGAAUCGAUACAAGGAUCAUCUAUGAAAGCCAACCUUUUCGUGGUGUCCGGCAAGCGGAAAGAAUUGUUCAUGCCGUUUUGAGCCAUAAAAAUAUCCAAGUUACUGACUGUCCGCAUUGUAAGGGCACACAUGAUGAGUGGUUUCUUACGUCUGAAAAAGAGGUACGUGAUACAGUUGAAUGUGCGGAAUCGUGGCUCCGAAAGCCCGUAUAUAUCAUCAAUCGGAAGACGUGUAAGCUAUCGCCAAGGGGAAAAACCAUUCUUAAAUCGACGUUUCGCUUUUCAAUGAGUGAGCUAAAGAAGGAUAUCAGUGACGAUGAUCGAUUAAAUGACGCCUCUGAUGUUUUUGCCGUUAGCAAAACGGUGACCGCUAUCCAAAAAACGAGCGCCCGGCUUUCAUAUUCUCUCAAUACCAAAAAGACGCUCUCUAGAGCUCAGGAUGAUGAAAAUUUUACAAGAACUCUCUCUAAAAGGAAACAGCCCCAAGCAGCCCCUUUAGCGAGGACAGUCCAUGCGUUAGAGGCGACAAAUGUAAAUGAAUCUCCUAGGUACCGAUUGAGAUCUCAAGAAUUGAGCAGUGAUGAAGAGGAAAGCCAAGAUGAGGAUUCUCAAGAGUUGGAAAGUGAUGAAGAGGAAAGCCAAGAUGAGGAUUCUCAAGAGUUGGAAAGUGAUGAAGGCAGUCAGGCUGAGGGAUCCCAAGAGUUGGAAAGUGAUGAAGAAGGCAGCCAAGCAGAGGGAUCCCAAGAAUUGGAUAGUGAUGAAGGCAGUCAGGUCGAAGGCUCCGAAGAGAUGGAAAUUGAAGAAGAGGACAGUCAAGAUGAAGGCUCUGAAGAGAUGGAAAGCGAUGAAGAGGGCAGCCAACCUAAGGGGUCUUCGGCCCUUGCACGCAGACAACCAAGCAAGGCAAGUUCCGGGGUUGACAGUGAUAUUCUAACGCUUCUUAUGUCCGGUCGCUAUAGAAAUGGACGGUAGUUGAGAGCCUUUUAUUAAUCCAAUUAUCCGCAAAAUAGGAUAUAAUCUUGGAAUAGAUCUUUUAAUAUAGAGAUAAGAACGGGGGUUAG